UGCUAACUUUCUGGAACCGAUAGUAAGUCACGGUUUACGCCGCUUAUUUCUCGCGAAAUCGUAGAAAAUUCGUCAUCAGCAAUCGUUCGAUUUGAUUCCUUUCGGAUAGAUAAAGUUAUCGUAGUUUUUCGAACUUUGUAAUUUCGAACAACGAAACUUUGAUAAUCAUCGUUGGUUAACGUACGGAAUGAGGUUUUUUCGAAGAAGAAAAAUAUUAAUUUUUCUAAGAAAACAGAAAUUAUUUAAAAAAAAAAAAAAAGAAGGCCAAUUUUCACCCUUGUCGGCGUUUUCGUGUGACGCUGCAUAUUUUCUUAUCGCGGUUUGCGGUUUACUCUGAUAUCACCUCUAGAUUAAGAUACUGUUAAAGGGCUUUGUGGAAAGAGGGCGCGAGAUCGUAGGGAAGAUGCGAAGAUUGUAUAAGAAGUUGCAUCAUUCGGUUUGAAACCUCCUCCCGUGAUGUGCGCUCCUAGAAAGCAUCUCCGGCGCGAGUAUCUUUAUCGAAAAUUAUAUCUGACUGCGGUACCGGGAUUUGAUAUUUCUGCGAGCCUUUCAUCAGCGUGUGACAAUUAUCCGUCGUGAUUUAACGAUACAAAGAUGCAAUCGUCCUCAGCGCUGCUAAAGUUCGUUUACAUUAUCAUAGUGUCGUGUACGGUUUCGGGACAUCCCUUCUCGUUCCUACCGCGGUAUGCCGUCGAACGUGCUGCUGAACGUAGGAGCAUAGGAAAACAAGUAAACAAUCACAGAUCUAAUUUUCUGACACCAUUGGCGGAAUACGGAGCACGAUCGGCCGAACCGAAGCCCGUGGAACCAUGGACCAAAAUCACUCAACAUCCCGUGAACGGCAUCGAGACGACCGUGGGGAGCAGGGUGGAAUUAGAAUGCAAAGCUAGCGGUAGCCCACCACCAGAAAUUCUGUGGUUCACUGGUACCGGAAGUAACGAAGAGCUCGUCGACUACGUUACAGCCAACACGCAUUCCUUGUACGAUCCAUCCGAGGAGUGGAAAGGAGUGGCCAGAAUUAAUUCGAAGCUCGUGAUAGAAUGCGUUACGCCGGAUGAUGCUGGAUUGAUCUACUGUGCGUCGGUUUCGGCGAGAGAAGUAAAGGUAUCCACUCCUACAGUGCUGCUGGUUAAUAGUGAGGAAAGUGGCAACAGCAAUUGCAGCUCUGAAAGUGACCCGACAAUUACGCUGUACUCUCCUACGCGAGUAGCUAACAUCGGAGCGACCGUCGUGCUUCCGUGCAGGGCAAGUGGCAAACCAACGCCAGAAAUUUCAUGGGUGGACAACUUCAAUGUACCGUUAACUCUGUCGACGAAUCUGCGACACAGAGUAUUGGAUAGUGGUGAUUUGUUGAUAGAGGAACUUUUAUGGGAAGACAUGGGCGGUUACACUUGUAAAGCCAAGUCUGGGCAUCGUCAGCAAAUCGUCAGCACAUUCCUCUAUCCAUUACGUCCUGAAACGGAGGUGGACCGAACGGUUAAUUGAAGAAUCAUCACAGUCACUUUCUUAUUGUACAACGUGCGGAACAAACUGGAUAAAAUACGCUAAGUUUCGGUGUUCGUUAACGUCAAAACGGUAUUAUGUUAAUAUAAGCACUAUACAUAUGUAAUUCUAUUACAUACGAUAGAAUUAUAUAUUAUAUGUAAUAGAAUUAUGUAUUGGUACUAAUAACUCGACAACGCGUGCGAGAAUUAGCAACGCUUUAUUUAAUUAUACUAUUAAUGAAAUCUUACUUAAAAAUUUUAUAAAAGAUUUUUGCGUGCCAAAGAAUUUUUUAUAUUCGUACUACUAAUUUUAGUGGAAACAGCGAUGUCAGACUAUUUCAAUAUUUAAUUAAUUAUGUAUUUCGUAAUACCUCUUGAAUGAGGUAUAGUAUAGUUUUUUAACGUAUUAUUUAUUUAUUAUCCGUGUACAGUGGACGCCGAUCGCAGAGGCAGAUAAAACUGAAAGUUACUUCGUUUAAUGUUAAGACUAGUUGUUAAACCAGUGAUUCUGUGAAAAAGAAACAUGUCGCCCUUCAGCCUUGGAUUAUUAUUUCGCUUAUUAUUCACUAGUAUUAAUUAUUAUUGGUUACACAACUUUAGUAUUUCACUCUACCAUUUCUUCGAGACUACCAUAAUCUAGUGUCUACUGUGAAAUGCUAUAUUCUUUUUUUUUAUAAAUAAAUGUAUUUCUUUUCGUACAAA